CUAAACAAAAUUAGCAAAACGGACCCAUAUUACGACAAAGAGCGAAUCUUGGAAACAAAGGGUCCCUUUCUACACGAAUCCUUCAGUUGGAUUCUCGAUCAUGAAGGCUUCAAGAAAUGGCGCUACACUACGGAGAGUGGCGUACUUUGGAUUAAAGGCGACCCAGGAAAAGGCAAAACAAUGCUCCUCUGCGGUAUUAUUGAAGACUUGGAAAAGCAUCCUGGACCAAACACCAACCUAGGCUAUUUCUUCUGCCAAGCCACGGACUCGAGGAUUAAUUCUGCUACUUCGGUUGUGGCGGGGUUAAUUGUAUCGCUCCAACAUACGGCACUUCUUGGAUCUCUUCACAAAAAAUAUAAUGAUAAAUUACAUCAGCUUGAAGGACCUAACGCGUGGGCUGUUCUGUGCGAUAUAUUUGAAACAGUCAUCAAGGAUGCAGCAGCCCCUAUCUGUAUUGUCGAUGCUCUCGAUGAAUGCAAGGAUAAUCGCAAACCACUUCUAAACCUCAUCGUUGAUACAAGUGCCCACGUAAAGUGGCUGCUAUCGAGUCGAAAUGUUAAAGACAUUGAACGAGAUCUCCGAAAGAUUGAAUCCAAUCGGAGACUAAGCCUAGAGCUAAAAGCGAAUGCCGAAAACAUCUCCAAAUCUGUCGAUACUUACAUUGAUAACUCUAUCCAAGACAUUGAAGCAUUGGAAGAUGAUCAUGAGCUUCAAAUCCAGACAGCGAAAACGCUUAAAAAAAAAGCAAACGGCACGUUCCUAUGGGUGGCUCUCGUAAUUGAACAGUUGCGCGAUACAGGCCGUCGGAAUGUGGAGGACGUCCUCAAAGAAAUACCAGCAGGUCUAGAAAACCUCUAUAAGCUGAUAAUAGAGCGAGUUAACUCGAAACUGAGACCAAGAGAUCAAGAAGCCUGUCGAGUCCUCUUCUCUAUUAUUACUACGGCUGAGAGGCCCCUUCAUCUUAAAGAACUUCGUUUAUUUAUAAGUUCUCAGUGGGCAGAUUACAAAGCUACCUAUGAUAUACGGGAUAUACAAGAUAUCGUGAAAGAUCUUAGUUCUCUCUUGUAUAUAAGAGACGAUACUGUCUACUUCAUUCACCAGUCAGUCAAAGAUUACAUGGUGGAUUGUGCCACUACAAGCAAUUUCCCUUUAGGAAUCGAGUACCAGCAUUAUCAAAUGGCUAGAACUUCACUGGAGGCAAUGUGCCAAACCCUUAAGCACGACAUAUGCGAUUUGAAAGAUCCUGGAAGCAAACUACAAGAUGACCAUGCGCAAAUUCCUGAUCAGUUGAGGUCAGUAGCAUACUCUUGCGUAUAUUGGGUCGAGCAUCUAGUUCGAGGAUGCAGCUCUGAAGUAAUCACAGCUGAAGACCUCUCUAAAGUUGAUGGUAUUCUUCGUUCGUUUCUAACAGUCAAAUACCUAUGCUGGCUAGAAUCUUUGGCUCUCUUACGUAGCUUUGAGCAGCGCGGGGUAGUGGCCAUCGAGAAGCUGAGAAAUUGGGCUGCCAAUGCGAAUUAUCUCAGCAGAUUCAUUAGCGAUGCCUAUGAUUUUUUCCAUUCCUGCAAAGAUUACGUGAAGAACUGGCCUCUACAGCUGUACUAUUCAGCGAUUCUAGUUUAUUCCUGGGAUUCAUCCGCACUCUGUGUGUUGAGCGGUUCUUCUUACUCGAACAGUCGUACCAUCGUGGUCUACAGAACAGAUACCAUGGUACAAACAGUUGAACGGAGAAUAGACAACAACGGCCGUUAUCAUGUCUCCUUUUUGCCCGAUUCUAAACACUUGAUUUCAGUUUCUUCUACUGGCAUCGUUCGAAUAUGGAGAGCUGAUGCAAGAGGUACCUCCACUGAAUUGCACAAUACUGCUUACCCUCCCUCGUCCGUAACUAUAUCGCCCAAGUCGGAAUACGUCGCAGCACAGAGUCUCGGAGGAUGCAUCAAUAUAUGGAGCGGAGACACCGGCGAGAGUGUUCAGGUGCUCAAAGGAGGAGGUCGCAGCAAAGGCUGGCCUGUCUUUUCACCCAACUCAGAAUUCAUUGCCUGUGAAGAUGAGGGUCAAACUGAUGUUCGAAUAUGGUGUGUCGACACUGGAAAGUCCAUUCACAAACUUCAAGGCCCGAACCAACCGAGGGGGAGCUUACAGCGCCUCCAUAAAGUCUUUUCGGGCGAUUCGAAAUACCUAUUUAUAGCUUAUAAAAAUUGGGAGGUAAAGGUUUGGUGCGUGGAUUCAGGCAAAUGCGUAUCUGAAACGGAUGGAAGGGUAUUUUGGAGCCCUUUUGUUAUCUCUCCCGCGGGGCUGGCGACUUCUCGCGACUCGAAAUAUCUUGCUGCAGCUGGUGGCAGCUGGAACUGGGAAGUGCGCAUCUGGGAU